AUGCUGGACAAGGUCGUGAACAUGACCGCGCGCGGGGCGGCAAAGAUCGUUCACCUGAGCGGACAAGAAACAGAGGCGGCCGAAAUCGAGAGGCAGAUCGUUAUGACGGCCGCAGCCAAGAUAAUAGCCGACACUCGGCAGGCGAUCGCUACUCUGACUCGCAUGGCGGACAUGACACAUCUACUCGCCAAGGGUAUGGUCGGAACGGCCCAUAUGGCUCAGAACGAGGGGGCCAUGAUGACAAUAGCCACCGAUCCCGCGACCGGUCGAGGUCGCCUUAUCGACACAGUGGCGAUGAUGACGGCCGUAGAGGAUAUCGCGCUCGCCGCUCACCAAGCCCAUAUAGCCGAAGCAGGAACAGCAAUGGCCGUGGCAUUCCUAGUUGCACAAGGGCUGGACCGCGAGUUCAUCAAGUGGGCACAAGCGCCGUUCAAGGACCGCGGACUGAAGACGGACGUGAUCUUCUUGACUUCACACACGCCGCCACGCGACUCUAUCAUUCAAGUACACAUUUUGGAAGGGGUCAUCGCCGUCGUUGAUCUAAACAGCCGGGAACAGGCCAAUGGCAAGAUCCCUUUGCAGGUCUUCAAUCGCCAGGCCGGGGCUAGCAACGUGCGAUUUGAUGGCUACCAAGACCUUGCACCAUCAGUUGCCGCCGAUGUUGUCCUUAGAGCGAAAUCCGCUGCGGUGAUCCAACAACCUCCACAAUAUCAUGCACACCAAGCGCCUUACUCGCAAGGCUACCAAGGCGCACCUGGCCAUGGCCAGCCAUAUGCACCCUCGCAAGCAGCUGGGUACUCACCUGUCGCCCCUGCUACCACCACAGCACCCACAAAUGGUAUCGACUUGGCCUCACUGGUCGGCCAGCUUGACAAUACCGCCCUGGCGCAGCUCCUUGGUGCAAUGCAAGCAACGCAAGCCACUCCUACCGUUGCCCCUUCUCCUGCGACGACUUAUGGACAGCCUCCAGCAGCGGCUCAGUAUGCACCGCAUAACAAUGCUACACAACAAUCCCAGCUCGCUGCAUUGCUGAGUUCACUUGGAGCGUCAACUGCGUCCCCUACCACUGCACCAUCUGCGUAUGCAUCAACGACUGCUCCAUAUGCCCGCGGUCUCACUGCAUCACAACCUGUACCAACCGGGUACCAGACUGCCGCGCCCCAAGGGCUCGAUGAACAGGCUCUCCAAGCUCUCAUGGCUCAUUUUGUCCCGCCACGGCAGUGA